AUGAAUAGGCUCUCUCAUAGCAGACACUUCUCAGUCUCAAACAGAAGCGGCUUUCACAGUUCCGGAUCAACACUUCCCACCAAUAAUCAUACUUUAAUGGGUUUGACACGAUCUUUAAGUCAUGGAAGUUUGGAAGCCAUGAAUCUUGUGGAAGAGGCCGUUCGUCAUCUCUGUGAAAGUGCUGAGACACAAUCUGUCACUAAGAAUUUCUUUCAGGCAUCGUGGCUUGAACUUUGUUUUUUAAAAGGUCAAUCAGAGGCGUUCUCAAAUGCUUCCUUGGGGUACACUACUUUAGUGACUGCAGAAAAUUAUGCUUUGGUCAAAAACUUAGAGGACAAAUCUUUGAAAGUCCUUCUUGUGGAUGGAGACGUGACUGAGAAUUAUCGGCAUGUAGGUUUCAACAAGGCAACAAAUGUGAGGUCAAUAGCUGAGUUUAAAAGUAGUGAGAAAAGUGAACGUGAUCACUCCUGGAUAAAUACUGUAUGUAAGAAAAUUAUUUAUGCUGGUAUUGAUUUAAUUUUAGUAAGAGGUGAUGUGUGUCAACAGUUUAUGAUACAGUGCAGUUGUAGGGGUGUUCUAGUUAUCCCUCAUGUACAACAAAAUGUCCUGCUGGCAUUUAGUGAAUGCACGGGGGCAGAAUCUGUGACAUACCUAGCACAGAUCAAUAGCAACAGCAUAGGCUGCAAUGUGAAUAUAAGUAUAUGCAUGCGGGGAAGUUCCAUUUUAGAAUCUGGUCAGGAGAUUGCUGUUAAUGUCAAGGCAAAAGGUUUGAAUUUUGUCACAGUUGUUUUAAGUUGCAGUUGGUCAGCAAAAGAGGAAUUACUGGAAGAUGAGUUUUGGGCCUGCACUUAUAGAUUACACCAUGCCCUUUAUGACCAAAAAGUAUUUCCUGGUGGAGGUGCGGUUGAACUGUUGUGCCUCAACCAUCUUAGAAAACUUGAGGAAAUGGCUGGAACGUUCAGUUUGGACAGUAAAGGAUCUUAUCCCUCAUCAUGGCUUUCUACUACUGCCAUACAUUACAAAGGUUAUAUAUAUAAGUGCCUUGCUGAUGGUUUCUUUAAAUAUAUUUCUGUUCUUCUCUGUAACAUGGACAAAUGCUCUUCAGAGCUGGAAGCAAUGACAUUUAUAAAUAAUGAACUAAAGAUCAUUAGAGAUUUUUCUUCUCCCUCUUCAUAUAUUGUAAACGAGUAUGUCAGAAACCUUGUUUUAGUUGAUAGUCAAGAAUUUCCCUCAUCACAUAGACCCAGAGUGUAUGAUAAUGUGGUCCCAAAGCUGGAAGCAUGGCGUAGAGCCCUAAAUUUGGUUCUGAUUGUUCUUCAGUCGGAUGCAGAGAUCAUCACAGGGUCAGCUGCACAGAAGCAGACCGUAAAAGGGAACUUUAUAACUGGAGAGCAUCUUGUUCUGUAA